GCGUGCAUACUAUCAUUAGCCUACUACGGACAAUCUCCGUCUCCACGAUUCCUUCUCACAUUUCUUGCCUAUACUAUGUCAACCUUCACAAUUGCAUUGGGAAUCAAAGUUGCCUACUUCGUUGCAAACGUCUCUAGAAUCCAGUUCGAUCCUCAGAGAAACACCCUUGCAUGGUAGUCUGACUAUACUAUGCAAUAUUUCUAAAACUGUUACACAUGACAAUGCUUCCAGCCUAUUUGAAGUUAACAGAAACCGUCAUUGACCGCAUUGGCCUUAAACACAUCUUUUUUAACUAUUUUUUUGCUUCAUGUAUCGUUUCUGGUUUAGUUUUGUUUCUCAUGUCCAUUGUCAAUACAGCUUCACCGCGGUUAACGAUUGGCGGAAUCUUAUCACUCAUGACUAUGUUGAUAUUAUCGCUGUCUAUCGAGUGCGCACAUCAGAUUUUGUUUUGGAUGUAUGUCAACAGGGAACCUAACCAAUAUCUGUUUAAUGAACUUGGCCGUAAUCCCAGUUUGCAGCGCUACUGACUAUUGAACGUGAACAAAUCUUUUUUCGUCUACUUUAAUUAAUUAAAAAACAGUAGGUGCUAUUUUAUAGUUUUCAAGAGUAUACAAAUAGCGUGCUUAUAUAUCAUAGACAAAAAUUCUAAAUUUCUUUCUUGGGCAACGUAAAAGAAGACAUGGCUCAUCGAACAGUAUCAUCGUUUAAAAUUUCCCCCCAAAACAUUACAAUUGUGUCACGUAUGCAAGAGUUGCCAUAUAUCCAUGGAAUGCUAUUAUCAGUGUGGGACAAUAUUCUCGGGCCAAAAAUCCAACAUGCCUGGUUGGUAGAUGUGGAACAUGGAGAUACUAUCAGUCAUGAUGUUCUUAAUUAUGCAUCAACAAGAGUGUUAAACUCAAGUGAUGACCCUGGUAGUAAAGUACAAAGUAAAUUUUUUGUACUCUCUGAGAAAGGAAUUCUUCUCAAUGCACUGGUCUUCGGUGGCACAGGAUCAAGUGGAAGUAAUGUAUGUGCAAUAUCGUUAGUUCUUCCAUACUCUGAGUUGAAAUGGUAUAUGCCUAUCCAAGAACUUUGUAUGUCUCGACUGAUGGCAAUGGUUUAUAAAUUCAGGGUUCUACAAGAUAGAGAUUAUAAAACUGUUGUAAAUGAAUUUACAUCGAUUUGUGUCAAGAGCUUUGUAAGAAUGCUGAUAAACCUGCGGGAAUAUAGAUUACAUUCACUCAUUGAUAUUAACAUGACAGUGUUUGCGACUGGACAGGAAAACCAGCUAGAUGUAGCAUUUAUCAGAAAAGCUAUUUCAUCUCAUCUGCAAACCUGCGGCUGCUCUCUUGUAAUUGGAAGCUCUGUAAAAGAAGUGAAUACAGUGAUCAGUACUUUGGCAUUAUUUCUGUCUCCAAGUGAAAGACAAUGUUCCUGUUAUUUAUUAGAAGAUAAUGAAUAUCCAUAUCAACAAGGACUUUACAUACAAGGAUUAUUGAUUAAUGAGGAUGUUAACACAAACACUAUACUCAGUAAUUAUAUGCGGGAUAUUUUAACCAAUCAGUAUCCAACAACGUUAAUUGACAUUAAUCGUCUGGAGGUGAAACAAACGCCACCAUGUAAUGAACAUUAUUCCAAACGACAUGAAGUGAUGUCACAAGAAUUACAAUGUCUAUGGCUAGAUGAUAUGGACGAGAUUCUAUGUUUGCCUCCUACUGCAUUCCAUAUUGUGGAGACUGAUGAUGUGAUGUUAGAAGAUAUCAUGGCAGAGGUGUAUCAGUUACAUCCAGGUUCUGGUGUAAGAGAAGCUCAUAUUGAACAGUUUAUAAGGCUUCUAGACAGGAAAGCUUUAGCACUAAUAAAAUAUAUGGAAACAGAAACAAAUAGAGGAAAAUGCGGCGUGAAAUCAUCAAUGAUUAAAAGAGCUCGACAUGAUCUAUCUUUGGCUGAUAACACUGACUGGAGGAUUAUCUUGGCGAGAGCUGAGAAGCUCAAACCAGGAAUGUAUUCCUUUAUUUGUGGGGUCAAAGGUCAGAGUAGCGAACCUCCAACUCCUACAUGAGAGUAGUGUACGUAACAAAUAUGGAAUUUUGAAGCCAACCAUAAAACCAUUGGUGACAUAACCCUCACAAAAAACUCUACUGAUAGCAAAGUGAUACGGUACUAUUUUGUUACCAAUAGUAACUAUUUUGGAAUGUCUGAAAACUAAUUAAUUCAGUAAAUAUAGUUUGCUCAUCAUCAAAUUAUGAGUCUUAAAAUGAGAAAUUAAAGACGACAUGGUGGAUGUCUCAAGUUUAUUCUGCCCCUCAAUUCAGUAUAGUGUGAUACAACAGCCACGGCUGUUUUGAGGAUAUGUGAUCUGAGCAAUUCUAUUUAUAACUUCAAUCUACAUUGUCUGAAUGACUUAACACUGUCAAGGAUGAAUAUUUUUAGUUAUGUCGGCCACUCUCCAUAAAGAUCCUAAUUAUCUUGAGGAAUUAAUUACAAGAUAAACACUAAUAUUUAUAAAUUCAAACACAAGCGAGUCUUGAUAUUAUUGUUCGACUUAAUACUGCCUUUCAUUUUUCUGGAGUUGUUGUUUAUUUGUUGAAUGGGUUCUGCAUGUUUUGAUUAUAUUCAUAUGAAUUAUAUGGCCCAUAGCCCUGGCAUGGUUAAAGAUUCUUGAAGUGUUUGUAACAAAUGGUGAAAUUGAAAUAAACUUUGAUACAAGAUUACAAUAG